UACUCCAAAGCAACAACGACGACUCGCAUCAUAUUUAUAUCGAUCCACUCUCCAUUUUCAUUGUUCAUCCAACAAUGUCCAUGGCCACCUCCAUCACCGCCAACCUCGCCCUUUUCCUGCUCUGCAUCAACCUCAUAAAUAUUAUGAGCUCCGCCCUUCCCCCCGACUUCUCCAUCCUCGGCUAUUCCGACGAAGACUUGACCUCCCCUGACAAGCUCAUCCACCUCUUCGAGCUGUGGAUGUCCAAGCACAGCAAAUCGUACUCCUCUCUGGAGGAGAAGCUGAUGAGGCUCGAGCUCUUCGAGGACAACCUGAAGCACAUCGACGAGACUAACAGGAAGCAAAGAAGCUACUGGCUCGGGCUCAAUGCGUUUGCCGACAUGAGCCAGGAUGAGUUCAAGGCGAAGUAUCUCGGACUGAAUCAAAUCGGUGUGCCAAGAAGCAGAGGUUCAAGCUCUGUCUUUCGGUACGAGAACGCCGGCGACUUGCCCAAGUCCGUCGACUGGAGGAAGAAAGGUGCAGUGACCCGUGUUAAGGACCAAGGCCAAUGCGGAAGCUGCUGGGCUUUCUCCACUGUGGCUGCUGUGGAAGGCAUAAACCAGAUAGUCACCGGGAACUUAACAUCUCUCUCUGAGCAAGAAUUGAUCGACUGUAGCAGUGAAAACAAUGGAUGCAAUGGAGGACUCAUGGACUAUGCCUUCUCCUACAUCGCGUCGACCAAGGGACUGCACGCCGAAGAGGACUACCCUUACCUGAUGGAAGAAGGCACUUGUGAGCAAAAGAAGGCUGAUCUGGAGGUGGUCACCAUCAGUGGCUACGAGGAUGUGCCGGAGAACAGCGAAGAGAGCCUGAUGAAGGCGCUGGCGCACCAACCUGUGAGCGUCGCCAUUGAAGCUUCGGGCAGAGACUUCCAGUUCUACAGUGGGGGAGUGUAUGAUGGGCACUGUGGGAGUGAGCUCGAUCAUGGGGUGGCGGCGGUAGGGUAUGGGUCGUCGAAGGGGCAAGACUACAUCGUCGUGAAGAACUCGUGGGGUUCGCGGUGGGGAGAAAAGGGUUACAUAAGAAUGAAGAGGAACACCGGAAGAAUUGAAGGCCUGUGUGGGAUCAACAAAAUGGCUUCUUAUCCAACUAAAGAUCAAUGAGAGAUUGAUCGACAAUUUCAUUUAUCAAUCAGUUACCGUCUCUUUGUGAUGAUAAUCAGGAGGAUUAAUCUUGUUUACUGAUUCAGAAAUAAACAUCUGUUGAAGCGAUUUGUUUUAUCAGUAUGCUUGUUGUUUGUAGCUCGAGCAGAUUGCAUUAUAUAUAUGCCUAUGUGUUAAAGA